AUGAGUGUUGCGAAUGCCGUUUCGGCUCAAAAUUACCGGGCGGACCAGACGGACAGAUGGUCUCGGACGUCUUUGUCCAUCGCCGCCGAAGAAGGGCAAGUUUUUCCAGUCAACCGAGACGACGUCGACGCGAACUCGACGGACUGCGGGCUACGCCAUCGUUUUGGGCCGCUGCAAGGAGGGCACGAAGCUAUGGUAGAGUUGCCGAUGAAUCGCAACAACGUCGACGUGAACCGGACGGGCCUCGGCGGUGAUGCCUCGUUGCAUUCGGCUGCUGCGAGAGGAGGGCACGAAGCUGUAGGAAAGAUGUCGGUAGAUUGGGGCGGUGUCAACGUAGACUCGAAGGGGGUGCGGGGAAACACGCCCUCGUCGGAGGCCGCUCGAGAUGGGCACAAAGAAUCUGUGGAAAUCCUUCUUGAGAGACGGGUUGAUUUGAAUGCGAAAAAGGGUCAGCCGACAGCCGCUCUGUUCAGGGUCUCUGUCCACGGCGACUAUGAGGUAGUGAAGCUAUUACUCCAACUCAGCGCGGGUGCAAAUGCGAUAGACAAAAAAAUCGAACCCCUUUAA